CGACAACUGACUAGCUGGCGUCAUAUUUACAUUCCUGCUUUUGGCAGGGGCUAUUCCAACAUGUCGACCAGUCCCAUACAGCUCACCAAUCUGCAGCUCGCCUCGCCGAGGCUAGACGGUGAUCUCGGCGUCUCAGGAUCCAGACCGAAACGUCGAACAUCUGUCGUGGCGAAACCCAAUCCUGGGCUCUCGUCCUUGAUGAAAGAUUCAAGUUUGGGCGAUCCCGAAUCUCUCUACGAACUGAAUGACCUCGGUUUAUCCACCAUCCCCGUCAUACCAGAGUACCCCACUCCUCUCGCUAGUGCAGCCGCGUCUGUCGAAUCCUUGCAUGAUCCCAACGACACUUCGGCACCUUUCAUCGCUGCGCUUCCGCCUGUAGAUACUGGCAGAGAUGCCUGGCUGUUCUUGAUUGGCGCGACGACAUGCGAGAUGCUCAUCUAUGGUGUGCCUUUCUCUAUUGGAGUCCUUCACUUGUACUGGACGGAAAUGUACGGCGCAGGCAGUGAGAGCACGGUCACCCUGGCAUCGACUUUACAGACUGGACUACUGUACUUUUCCUCGGCAGUCUUCGGACCUCUCCUCACAUCAUAUCCUUUCUACACUAAGCAAAUCCAGUAUGCCGGUGCUGUGAUCGCUGCCACGUCUUUCAUUGGUGCAGGCUUCGCCAGCAAGCCGUGGCACUUGGUGCUGACGAUGGGAUGUCUCUACCCGUUUGCCGGAGCGACGUACAUGCCAUGUGCUGCUCUUGUCUUUGAAUGGUUCUUUCAAAAGCGCGGUCUAGCGACAGGCAUUCUUUUCAGCGGAACUGGCGUUGGAGGAGCUACCAUCCCCUUUCUCAUCUCCUUCCUUCUCGCUCGUUUUGGAUACCGAGCCACUAUGGUGUCUAUUGGAAUCGGCUAUGGGCUCAUCCUAUCCGCCGCGCUCGUCUUCGUCAAGCGACGUGUGCCCCUCGGUCGUGUUGUCAGACCAGAAGAGAGGAGAUCCACCACCAUGGACUGGAGGUGUCUCAAAACUCGAACCAUGUUGUUCAGCUUAGUAGUCAUCUUACUGACCUCGCUGGCGAAUUUUGUCCCAUCACUUUGGAUUCCAACGUUUGCCGAGGAACUGCAAGUCAGGAGACCUACUGGAACGGGCCUUAUCGCCAUUAUGAAUGCCGCCUCCGUUCCUGGUGCCAUGUUGACGGGUCUCGUCUCUGACCACAUACCGGUCCGAUAUACGGUUCUCCUAUGCUGCGGCCUUGCCAGUCUCUCGUGUGCUUUCCUCUGGGGUUUUGCCAAGAGCGGCGGACCCUUAGUAGCAUUCGCAUUGCUGUGGGGAUUGAGCGGGCUGAGCUUUGUCGGCUCAUGGUCCAAGAUUGUUUCGCUCGUAUCAGGUGAAAACCAAGGCUCAGCCGUUCUGGUCUUCUCCAUCUUCACAGUCCUCAAGGGGAUUGGCAACUUUUCUUCUGGGCCACUUUCUGCUGCGCUGCUCAAGGUCGAUGCGUUCAGAGGGACACCUUACGGAUUCAAGAAUUACGGCGUCUUAUUAGUGUAUACUGGUGGAGUAAUGAUGUGUGGAGCGAUCGUGGGUGUGGGGUUGAGAGCGCCAUCGACAUCGCGAUAAUCAAGGA